GUUCAGGCUCCCGUGAAACGGGAGGGCGGACCAGGGUCAGCAUCGCUGCAUCCAGGGCUCUCACACCAUCAGCUCCUCGCCAGAUUCCGCGGGGGGACGAGACCCCAAGGGUCAACACCGUUGGACGACGUUUCCAACGGCGAGGUGCACAGAUCUUCAGGCGGCCGCACGAUGUUGUGGCCGCUCAGCAGAAUGCCACCCCCGAAGCCGCGCCCCCUGUGUCCCCCGGAAGGGCCGCACAGGACGCACGGCUGGAAGCCAUGGAGAGGCAAAUAGCCGAGAUGAACAGGCGGGCGGACGCCGGCUCGGCCACACCCUCGUUCUCUCUCACAUCACCUUUUACCCCACGGGUGAUGAGCGUCGAGAUUCCCCGGGAUUGCAGACCCCCGGGGAACUUGGUGUAUAAUGGGGCUGGUGAUCCUAAGGCCCAUCUGAUAAGCUACCAAGGGAACCUGUCCAUGCUGGGAGCAUCGGACGAGGCCAUCUGCAGAUUGUUCUUCAGCACCCUCAGGGGGCCGGCUCAGGAAUGGUUCGGCCAGUUGAGGCCAGGCACCAUUGACUCAUACGAACAGCUUUCCCGGCAGUUCAUGGCACAAUUUGCUGCCAGCACCACCCCCAGGAAGGAUGUCACGGCUCUUGCCCACAUCAAGCAAGGGCGCGACGAACCGCUGGCUAGAUUCCUUGUGAGGUGGAGGGACGAGGUACUGCAGGUCGACGAUCUGGACGAACGUCUGGCCACCAAUAUGUUCACUAGUGCGCUGGCCACAGGGGAUCUGUACCGGGACCUGAGGAGGAAUCCCGGCACCAGCUACACCGAGGUUCUUGCUCGGGCCCAGAAGUAUGCCUCCAUUGAGGAGGAGAUCAGGCAGCGGGACGGAAUUCCCGCGGUCCAGCCACGGAAGAUGGCAGACAGACUCGGACCCGGACCAGGAACCAACCCCUCCCCCCCAAACAAAAAGAAGAGGGUGGACGGGGCAAUGGUCCCUUGGAAGGCUCCGUCCGGAGACAGCCAAGCGCGGCCGGACGACCGUUAUUUUCCCUUGGCCUACCCAGUGAGCCAGAUCUUCGAGGCCAUUAAGGACAAGGGCCUCCUUAUGGAGCCUCAAGAUAUGAAGAGGUAUAUGGGGCACGACCAAUCGGCCUACUGUGAAUACCAUCAGAGGACCGGCCACCUGACGGAUAAUUGCAGCCAAUUAAAGAAAGCAAUCAACGAGCUGAUCCGUCAGGGGUACCUGGGCGAGUUCGCCCAGCUGCUGAACAAAAACAGCCAGCAGAAGCCGAACUCAAGGCACAAAACAUGGCGCCGCGACGAUCGGCGCGAGGCAGAACCUCAGGACGUGGAUUAUCGAAGUACAGAUAAACGUCCGGAGGGAUCCCUCGGCCCGAAGGGCGAGAAAAAGAAGUUGGAGAUCAAGGUGAUCUUCGGGGGCGCUGAGACAGGGGAUACACCCGCCGAGCGGAAAAAAUUUGAGAGAUCACUCUAUGUGGGUUCCGUAUCGGCACCCCCCACCAAGCGCAAUAGAGUCGAGGCAGUUACCUUCGGCCCCGCUGACCUGCCAAUGUCACCGGCGCCGCACAGAGACGAGCUGGUGAUCAGCAUGGACGUGAACGAUGCUAUCGUCCGUCGCGUCCUCGUUGAUACCGGAAGCAGUGUGAACGUCCUCUACUGGGAGGCUUUCGAAGGAAUGAGGCUCCGGAAGGACAUGCUGCACCCCCUACGCACCCCGCUGUCCGGCUUCACCGGGGACUGCAUUGACGCUGAAGGCACCAUCGUUUUACCGGUAGAGGUCGGCGACGGCCCUCACACUGCCCGGAUCAGCAUGACGUUCGUCGUGGUCCGCUUGAAGUGCGCCCACAACGCCAUUUUGGGCCGACCCGGCUUGGAAGACUUGGGGGCCAUAUGCUCCGUACGACAUUCAUGCAUCAAGUUCCCCACCGACACUGGAGUGGGGGUGGCACGUACGGACCCACAUAUGGCCAGGGCCUGCUACACGAAGGCCAUGGAGAAGCUCAACGAGCGGGAGGCUCGGGUCAACAGCAUCUCCGAAAAGGCCAAACAGGCCGACUUGGACGCCCAUCUGGAACCAGCAACUCUGCUGGAGGAAAUCGAGCUCGACGACCCGACGGACAGGAAGGUGUCCAUCGGUGCAGAUCUAGAGCCGGAAAUCAGGGCGGGGGUCAUAGCUGUCCUGCGGAGGUUCCAAGUCCUGUUCGCCAGAGGGCCGGAGGACAUGCCGGGCAUCGACCCCAACCUCAUAUGCCACAGACUCGCCGUGCGGCCGGACGUCAAGCCUGUGCAGCAAAAGAAAAGAUACAUGGCGGCCGACCGACGCGAUUUCAUCAGGAAGGAGACGGCAACUCUCCUCAGCAUUCAACACAUCCGGCCGGUCAUCCACGUGGAGUGGCUGGCCAACGUGGUACUAGCCCCGAAGGGCAACACUUGGCGGAUGUGCGUCGAUUACUCGGACCUCAACAAAGCUUGUCCGAUGGACCCUUAUCCUGUACCGAGGAUCGACUUGCUGGUGGAUGAGACGGCGGGCUGCGAGCUGCUCAGCUUCAUGGACGCAUUCAGGGGCUACCAUCAGGUGUUCAUGCAUCCCGAUGAUGCCGAAAAAACGGCGUUCGUCACGGCGGACGGCGUGUAUUGCUACAUCGUCAUGCCAUUCGGCCUGAGGAACGCCAUGGCUACUUUCCAGAGGAUGAUUGGGAUGUUAUUCAAAGACGUGCUUGGAAAGACGAUGGAAGCUUAUGUGGAUGACAUCCUAAUCAAAAGCAAGAAAAAGGAGGACCAUGUCCAGGACAUGGAGAGGGUCUUCAGCAUCAUGGAGAGGGCCAGCAUGAGGCUCAAUCCGAAAAAGUGUGCCUUCGCCGUCAAGGGCGGCAAAUUCCUCGGCUACAUGAUGAGCGAGCGGGGGAUCGAGCCUAACCCGGAGAAGGUGAAGGCAAUUAUGGACAUGGAGGCCCCAAAGAACCUAAAAGACGUGCAGCGACUCACCGGGCGUCUGGCGGCCCUGAGCAGAUUCUUAUCCAAGCUCGCCGAUAAGGCGAUCCCUUUCUUCCAGAUCAUGAAGAAGGCCAAUCCCUUCCAAUGGACCCCGGAGUGUCAGGCUGCUUUCGAGGAUUUCAAGGCAUAUCUCUCCUCUCCGCUCGUCCUCACCAAGGCGGAUCCCGGAGAGAGAUUGUAUAUGUAUUUGGCGGUGGCCGAGCUGGCCGUAAGCGCCGUGCUGCUAAAGGAAUCCGAAGGCAUUCAGCGACCAAUAUACUUUGUAAGUAAGGCGCUGAACGGCCCCGAGACAAGGUACACGCUGAUGGAAAAGACGAUCCUCGCCUUGAUUGCAUCCAUCAAGCGCCUGGCGCCGUAUUUCCAGGCACAUCCGGUGACUAUCUACACAACUCAGCCCCUCGCCACAGUCCUCAGGAACCCAAUGGCAAGCGGAAGGAUAACCAAGUGGUCCUUGAUGAUCGGCCAGUAUGACGUGGACUUCAAGCCGAGGCCGACGAUCAAAGGGCAGGCUCUGGCGGACUUCAUUGCGGAGUGCACCGCGCGCACCGAGGACAGAAACCAUGACAACAAUGACUUUGACGAUUGGUGGGAGAUGUACACCGAUGGGGCCUCGAGUGCGCGGGGCUGCGGCGGAGGAGCAGUGAUCACUUCCCCCGAAGGUUUCAAGGCCUAUUACUCUAUGAAAUUCGAGUUCAAGGUCACCAACAACGAGGCUGAAUACGAGGCGCUGAUCGCAGGACUAAAAUGCGCGAAAGCCCUCGGAGCAGCUCGUCUGAAGGUGAGAAUGGACAGCCAGCUGGUGGUAACCCAGAUGAACGGCACGGCAGAAACCAGGGAAGAAAGAAUGAAGGUCUACAGAGAGCUGGCGGAGGAGCAGACCGCACAAUUCGAACAAGUGGUGCUUGAGCAGGUAUCGCGGGUGGAGAAUGCAGAGGCGGACAUACUGUCAAAGCUAAGCAACCCCCCAACCGAUGACCCGGCAUCGAGCAUCCCCCGACACAUCAGAGGGUUCGUCAGGCAGGAGAUAUUCCCAGCACCAGCGACGGACGUCAUCCAGGUGGAGGUUAUCUCCAUUGCCGAACCUAACUGGGCAAGGGAGAUAGCAGAUUAUCUCAGAGAUGGGACACUCCCUGAGCCUGAAGGUGAUGGCAGUACAGGGAAGGCUGCGUGGAUCAAGAGGCGUGCCCCUAACUUUGAACUCAUUGAUGGGCAGCUUUACAAGAAGACGUUCGGCGGACCCUACCUCAGAUGCCUCCCGCCGAGCCUAGCGGCGGCAGUGAUCGAAGAAAUACAUGAAGGGAUCUGCUCCAGCCACCAGGGCCCCCGGACCUUGGCCAGAAAAAUCAUCCUGCAAGGCUACUACUGGCCGACCAUACAACAAGAUUGUUUCAAUCAUACCCGGAAGUGCGCAGUAUGCCAGCAGUAUGCACCUGUCCCUGGCCGCCCAGCAAGUUUCUACACCCCAAUGACCAUCGCACUACCUUUUGCUAGGUGGGGAAUAGACCUGCUGGGCCCUCUGCCAACGGCUGCUGGUGGAAGGAAGUUCGUAAUCGUGGCGGUUGAUUAUUUCACGAAGUGGGUCGAGGCCGAGCCAUUAGCCUCCAUCACUGAGUUCCAAUGCCAGAAGUUCGUCUGGCAGAACAUCAUUUGCCGAUUCGGAAUCCCAGAGCAGAUCAUCACUGACAAUGGCCGGCAGUUCGUCGGCAGGGGCUUCGAGGCAUACUUGGCAAAGUGGGGCAUCAGGCACUCUAAGGCCUCGGUGGCCUACCCGCAGGCCAACGGCCAGGUGGAGAACAUGAACCGGACCAUCAUGGAUGGGAUCAAGAAGAAAUUAGAAGACUACACCUCCACCUGGCCGGAGCAGUUGAAUUAUGUCUUGUGGACGUACAGGACGACGCCAAGAACGGCGACCGGGGAAACCCCUUUCGCCUUGGCUUAUGGCUUCCAAGCUAAGGUGCCGACGGAGGUGUUGGUACCUACACAUCGUACCAAGCACUUCCAGCCGGGAGACAACGAGACCAACCUACGAGCAGAGCUCCAUUUCAUUGAGGAACGGAGGGACCUAGCGGCUCGUCGCAUGGAAGAGUAUCACAGGGCCACCCAGAGAUACUUCAACAAGGCUGUGAAAUUCCGCGAAAUAGAGGCCGGGGACCUCGUACUCAGGAAAAGAGAGAAGAGCAAGCCGCUCGAAGGCGGCAAAAUGGCGAAGAACUGGGAGGGACCUUACCGGGUCAUCAGAAGAUACAACCAGGGGACGUUCCUCCUCCAUACCCUGGAGGGGAACCAUGCCGGGAUGUGGAACGUUGAACACCUGAAAAAGUUCUAUCAAUAGUUAGAGGCUGAUGUCCUUGUUAUGUUUCCACUCCCAUGUAAAACGACCGGACGUCGUCAAUAAUAAAGGCCCCCUGUUUUUUACAUCAUUUCAGUUCUGCCAACGACCGCUAAAGAAGGGAAUCUCGAUGCAGAUACACCUGUUCCUCCUUGUGAUGUCUGCGGAUACCGAACGUCUCCUCGAAGUAGGGACGCCGGUAGAACCACGGACCAAGGACGAACGAAGCAGAAGGGAAUCUCGAUGCAGAUAAACCUGUUCUUCCUUGAGAUGUCUACGGAUACCGAACGUCUCCUCGAAGUAGGGACGCCGGUAGGACCACGGACCAAGGACGAACGAAGCAGAAGGGAAUCUCGAUGCAGAUAAACCUGUUCCUCAUUGUGAUGUCCGCGGAUACCGAACGUCUCUUCGAUGUAAGAACGUCGGUAGGACCAAGGACCAAUGACAAACGAAGACUAUGAUUGCCUCCCUCAAAAAAAAAAAAAAAAAAAAAAAGAGAUGGGGAGAAGAGGAGGGUAGCUCCUAUGAAGAAGGGAAUCUUGUCCGGGUGUGCCAGAUCUUCUCCAACCGCCGAAGACGAACGCCUCUCGAUGUAGAGGUUAGUAGAGACGCGGAGGGGGCUAGACGAACCAAGGGAGCCUGCCAAGAUAAACCUGUUUAUCCCACAAAUGACCAUGGAUCGAUGGACGUGGGAUAACAAAGUUGGGGACCCGUGAGGGUAGACCCGUUCGUCCCUGCGAGUUCUUUGGGUACCUAGCGUCCUCGUCGAAGCAAGAGACGUCGGUAAGGCUAAAGAACCACGGACGAACGAAAAAAGGGGGGAAUCUCGAUGUAGAUAAACCUGUUCCUCCUUGUGAUGUCUGCGGAUACCGAACGUCUCCUCGAAGUAGGGACGUCGGUAGGGCCAAGGACCAAGGACGAACGAAGACUAAAAGACUCCAAAAAAAAAAAAAAAAAAAAAAAAAAAAAAAAAAAAAAAAAAAAAAAAAAAAAAAAAGAUGCCAGACGAGCAUGGAGCAAAGAAUGAUUUUUAUUCCUCGGCACUAUUGACCGGAAAAUUACAAUGUAUUAGAGUACAACACAAAUAAUGAAAAAUUGUAUGAGUACAAGAUGAUGAGCAGAGAAUCACGGCAGAUCGGCGUCCGGAGCUGGAGCUUGGGAAGGGGCCUGCUUGGAUUUGUCACUAGCUGCGGCUUCCUCCUGCUCCUUCAGCAGCUCAAGGGCCCCUGCAUGAGCGUCUGCCAUCAAGACGUCGAAACCAGCCGCCUCCGGAUCAAAGGGAGCCCCAAAGUGACGCUCAAACGUCGGGAGAUUCUCCGCCACUAGCCCAAUCAUACCUUUGCGGUAGGUGUCAUCGGCGAGAUCGUCAAGGAAACGACGUCCGGUGGGCGUGGCCUGGAGCAAUUUUACCCCGUCUUGAUAGGCAUCCGGGCAGGUGGCCAGGAACUCGCCGACGAGCCGCGGGAGGAACUUCAUGGCCAUAGUGUGGAUGGCGCCAGUAUAAGCCUUGGACUUCUGGAAGGCAAUGGAACCAGACUCCUUGAUUUUGGCAACAUCGGCCUCAUAAAUAGGGACAUGAUUGUCCAUGCCCGUCUGGCGAAGCUCCACCUUGGCUUUAUCUACGGCCCACAUCCGGCUGCGCAGAUCUACAAGCUCGGCCUCCUGCUUCUUGAGGAGCUCCUUCUGAGAGGCAUUCUCCUGGACGAGCUUAUCGUAGGCAUCGGCUUUCUCUUGAAGAGUGCCGGCCCUGCCUUUUGCACUCCUCAGAAGGGCGUCGCUUUCGGCCCGCACCCUGGCCAUUUCCCUGCCUUGGUGCUCGAAGGCCAUCCGGGCCCUGUGGAAGUAAAGCCCGGCCUUGUCCAAAGUACUCUGGCCACACUCCAGAAGAUCUUCGGGGGCCUCCUGAGCAGCAAAAUCCUGGGGGACCUUGAGAUUCAGGCCGCACCAUAUAGAGGAUGCUGUUUGGCCAAAGAGCAUCAUCGACUCCUUGCGCGGGCCAACCCCGGAAAAUUCAAUCAAACCAAGGGAGGACCCAUUGGUCUCCGGGGGCGAGGGAGGACGAGCAUCGUCAGAAUCCUUGGCAGUCUGGACAUCACUAUCCCGGAGACGACGAACGUCAGAGGUUCGUGGGGGAGAAGGACGGGACUUGUUCCGAGAAACGGGCUUCCGCUUAAGGGGACUUCCGGGCUCCCCAUCAGAAUCAUCGGCCACUAUAAUGGCCUUUGAGGCAGUACCCUCGACGCGCGGUUUCUUGGAAGCACCAGCUCCCAAAUCAUCCUCGGUCCGAACCCGAAUCACCCGAGUUUCAACCUUGGGGACGAGCGGCUUCCCGGGCUUGUCAUGCCCUCUGUGCCCACGAUCGGCGGCAGACGAAGCGGCAUUGUCUCGGCGCAUGGUGGACGUGGAUGGAAAAACUCCUGCAUAAAGGGAAUCAAGGCGUUCAGAACCAUAACAGCGAAGAGAGGUUAAAACAAGGCAAGUACAAACGGACGCACCUAACCCAGCCUGAGCUUUAAAGGGCUCGGCCACCAGCGAUCGGAGAUUCUGGAUGCCAAGUCCGGCUAUGCGCUUGGCAUACCCAAGCUCCUCGUCCGUCAUGGGCGGCGGGAUCGUCUUCACCGGGUAAGCAUUCCACCGGUCGGAGAAUGGCAUCGGUGAGCCUACCCCGGCUAGGAAGAAACGCUCUUCCCAUCCGUCCGGAUUCCCGGCAUUGUUCGAGAAGAGAACCAUGGACGGACGGGCUAUCAGGGUCAAAUACCCCGUACGUCCGAAUGGGGACAGCCGGAAGAAAUGGUGCAGCAGGUCCACGGUGGGGGUCACACCGACGCUGUGGCAUCUAAUGAUGAAGCCAGCGAUUAUCCGAUAAGCGGCAGGGACGAACUGCGCGGGUACUAUCUCGAGGGCCCUGAAAAGUUCCAAGUGGAAGCCAUGCAGGGGAAAGUUCAGCCCGGCUACCACCGAAUCCAAGUGGACCACCACGUAGCCGGGCAGAUGGCGCAUGGGGUUGCGCAGACGCCGAUCGUCGUAGGUUCUGGGAGGAUAGAACCAUUGGCUGAUCAGACGCUUGUCAGCGUUCGUCAGGCGUUGAACUUGACGCCGAACGUACGAAAAGCUGAGGCUAUAACGGGAAGGCCAGGGUGGCAUUCCCCGCUCAUAAUAUUCCAAGUCAUCACCAGAAGAACAGCCAUCGUCGAAACGAUUUUCAGAAGACAUGGCAACGAACGGUACCUUUUGGGAAUUGGGACUUCCGGUACGAUUUGAGAGAAACCUAGAGAGAGAAGACAAUUAUGCAGCGUAAGGAGUAGAAUGAGUGGAUUACAUGGGUUCUGAAUACUUAUAGGCAGCACCGCCGGAACACACCAACCGAAGCGGGACACGUGGUGCCUGGGUACCGGUACCUACCACGGUAUUUAAGCACCUCGAUUUCGUCGCCGCGUAACCACCACGAAGAUAUCCGGAUCCAUGCCACGGACGUCCCCGCAGGAGGGUUGUGGAGACAUUCGUCUUCCCACGUUUGCACAGUUCAUCGGCCGCCCAUAACAUCGAGGACACACGCAUCAACCGACCACGCUCGUCUUUCCGGUCACCGAAUUUCAACACGCAACGAUAGACGAACGUCGCCACCUGACGCUUCUCCAGGGAAACACAUCCAUAUGUCCGCACUUGAGAACUGUACCAUCGAAGCAAUUACCGACGGACGCCCCCCGAUUGUAAAAAUGCUGUGUGGACGGCAGGCCGGCCUCGGUAUCGAGGUAUCGGAGGAAUUUUCCGUACUACGUCAACAAUGAAGGGCACAGAAGGGUCAUGUCCAUGCUACCAAUAGGGCACGCACAUCUUUCCAUACAACCAUACACGGACAUCAUCAGGAAAUAUUGAGGCAGCUCCCGACGAACGUACUUCACGCUUGGGAAAUGUGCUGUUUGGACAGCCUCCGACGACCGUCGUCAAGAAUGCUGUUGCCAGGGGGCAAGGAGACGUCCCUGCCCAAAGUCAAAUGACGAGCAGGGAUGGACGUCCUAACAAACUACUUUGCAGCAGAACAUUUCGAGGCACGGAAUGAAUUUCCAUACAACAAGAGACAAAGGGAACGAAUUUUGGCAAAAUAUGGAUCUUUAUUCUUCAGCACUAUCGGCUGGAAACUACAAGUCUACGUACUGCAAUAAAUCUAAGCUAAGAAAUAAAUCAACACAUGUGGGGGGACGGCGGUCGGCUGCUGGCAUGAGUAUGUUCCUCCUCCCGAGGCUCGGGCUCAGGGGUUGGGGGCUCCGGGAUAUCCCCCAUGGCUAUGGCCGCCGCCCGGCGUCUAUCCCGCCCUAUUUUCCCCAGGGCCUCGAUCAGUAGAUCGUCAUCCGUAUGAUCGGCUGGGUUGACGCCAGGGCCUAGGAGCUUCUCGAAGAUUGGGAGGAUGGCCUUGAUCCCUUCAUUAUAGCCACCGGCGAAGGCGCUAUCGGCAGAAUCAUAGAGGAAUUGGCGCGACAGGGGGGAGCUUUCCAUCAGCCGCACACCGAACCUCAGACGCUCCUUCGCCGGAAUUUUCCCCAGAGCAUGAGAGAACACGUCACCAAAAGCCCCGGCGCAGAAGUCCUUGGCCGACUCCAUAAACUCGCCGGUAUUCCGGUAACCGGAGGUAUUGACGCACCAUUCCGGGGGUGGCAUCUUUUGGGGCCGGAAGUACCGGCAUGAGCUUGAAGCCGGCCUUCUCCAGGCAGGCCAACUGGGCGCCGGUUUCAACCCGGAGAGACUGAAGCUCCUCCCUAGCCGAAGCAGCCUCUUCCUCUGCCCGACGGGCGGCCUCCCGAGCCUUCAGUAUGGCGGCUUCGGCCUUGAUCUUUGCCUCCUGCAGGGCGGCAUCCCUGGCAGCUUCGGCCUGCAGCACCAACAGCCCUGACUGAGAGAAAAAAUGGGAUAAACAGAGUUUAGACGGCGAAGCGACGAGCGUCAAAGGGAACAAGAUGGGUCGAAUCACAACAAUACCUGGAUGGCCGCAGCAAGAGCAGCGCUGGUCGCCUCGGAAGACGACCGGGGGGGCAGUUCGAGGCCGGCUUUAGCCCCAAGCUCCCUCCAAAGCUCCUCAGCCGGCCGGCUCAGGGAUAGACCGCUAACAUCCUCAACGAUGGGGCCGGAGGAAACACAGUCUCGCCCCCUCUUCGUUUUCUUCUCCGGGGCCUUCUCGCCCCCCUUCUUGGGAACCACUUUUGUGGCAACGACCGGCGGGGGGAGAGCAGUUUCAGCAUGAUGAGUCAGGGCCCCCUCGUUCAGCAGGGUGGCAAUCAGGUGCUGCUCACCGUCUGCAGUCCGACGGGCGGCGUCGGAGGCCGAUGAUCCGGCUCCAUGGGCGGCUGCCUCUCUGGCCGCUUUGGCCGCAGCCAUCUUCGCCUUCCUGUUCCUCAGGCACUCAGCAUUGUCCAUUUGUUCGGCGGAAAGGGGGAGACCUGCAAGAGAGAAAUACAAAAAUAUGAAAAGACGAACAGGGAUAGGGAGGAACACCCACCUCAGAGGACAGGACCGCCCGUGCCCCGAGACGAGCGUCCAAGGGAGGAAGAAAUCCAGGAACACGGGCGGUACCUAUGCCUGCUUCAGAGAGUGCCUCGACGGUCAGGUAUUCCCCUAUAGGGCGAACGCCGCCUUCCAGGACUUUCUUCACUUCCACUUCCAGCCCGGCCGACAGCGCCGGCGACUCAAUCUUCGGAGGGUAGCCGUUCCACCGGAUUGGGAGGGGAGGACCGUCAUAUCUAAGAAAAAAGAGCCUAUUUUUCCAAUCAUGGAUGGAGGAAGGAUAGUGCUCAAAUAGCUUCCUCUUCGGACGAGCGGCCACACUCAGGUAACCGUCGGAAUUCUGCGGGGUGACCCGGUAGAAGUAGUGGAACAGAUCCAGCGAUAUGACGGCUUUUGCGGACGAACAGCGCACGAGGAAUGCGGAGAUAAAUCUAUAAGAGUUGGGCAUGAACUGCGCCGGAGCCACCUGGUAGCAGUUGAAGAACUCCACGUAAAAGGGAUGGAGAGGGAACCGCAGACCGGCCUCCACAGAAUCCACAUGCAGGAUGAUCAUCCCCGGCCGUCGCCGCAUGGCAUGUUCGGCCCCCGCUAUGGCUAAAGACGAACGGAUGGGGAAAAAAGGAAGCAAUCUUGUUCAUAGCGACGCUGGAGAGGGACUGCCUGUGCUCUAAGACACUCUUAAUCUUGCAAAUGUGCCUCUGCACAUCCAUGGGAAUACCUAAAUCGUGCACCUCCAGGUCGGAGCCAGAUUGGGCCUCGUCUGCAGAAUCAUAACCGGCGGGGCGCUCGUUCAGGGGGACGGCGUCAAUAACAUCUACGGCCCCGUCAGCACCCCCGUCCCCGGCGUCGCUCCCACUACUUUGCGACACAUUAUCCGGCUCGCCAUCAGCCCGGAUGGUCCCCACCGUCGUGGCUGAACCAGAGGUCCCGGAAAUGCUGGCCUUCCCGGGGGAGCGAGCACUCACAUCGGCCGAAGAGGAGCCCGAGGAGGAACCCGACGAACCGGAAUCAGAGCUUGACGAAAUCUCCAUCGAGGUCAUCUCGGCUAGGAAUCAGAACAAGAAAAGGAGCAGAGGGGGGAAAUUACCUUACAAAGGGGUUAGCCGGAUUCAGAAGACUUGAAGAGCUGCGGAAAGUCGAGAGCAGGAGAGCAGAAAUUGGGAACCCUAAUUCAGAGGGAAAACCCAACAUUUAUAGGAGGAGCACCGAUGAAGAAACCAAUGAGGGGCUGACACGUGGCAAGGAGCGUAUCCCGGCCCACGCGCUGUGCGUGGGAUGGGAACGUAAUGAUGACACUUCCUCGGGAAAAUGUGCCGCCGCAACAUCAGCCGUCACCUCGUUUCCUGAACCGCCAACAGCUGUCAAGCACCAUGACCACGAACGUACGCUUCCACCCGGUGCAAGAAACACAAGUAUCAAGAUACGGACGUCUACCUCGGGGAGGUUCAUACUUCCUUAUGUCCUGCGCAUGCUCAGAACAUCAGAAGUGGGGGACUUGUGUUGGGUUAAGGGCCCAAGCCGAGGUCCGGCCCACUAACCCAUUUUGCCAGACGAUCGUCCAGCUAGAAACUAGGCCAGCCCACAGGCCCAUGUAGUUUAAGCAUGGACGAACGUCUGGUGUUGGAGGACUCAGGUCCAGCGGCUCAUCCCGACGAGCGUCUAAGCAGGGACAAGGAGCGGAGCCACGGGCCAUCAGGGGUGACGACGAACGUCUCUUGAGCAAGCCCAUAGUCAUCGGAGGAGACCCAGCCCACAUGGUGAGAAUCCAUCAAGGCCAGGAGACGAACAGCCAAUAUCCCUCGAGGGUCACUUGGAGGAAUCCAACUCACUUCCCGGGUGGACGAACGUCCCCACUAUUCCGGCGGGAAACCUAGAUUCUGGCGGGAAGUGCAUUUAAUGCUAAAGAUUUGGUAGUUGGGACACCAGCGGUCCACAGGCUGCCACGUCAGUACAGCCACCUGCCCAUUGGCGGGUAUAAAUAGGAGCAUUUAUUUCAUUGUAAAGGGUUGGCAACUUUCUAUUCUUAGCAUACUAGCUUCAGCAUUCUUACUCGCAGCAUUGCUAACUGCCUUGUAAGACGAACGGCCGACGUGCCUUUGUGAGCAAGUAGAUUGUACUUAGGGGAGUUAUUACGAAGUUAAUAAUACCUAUUUACAUUGCCUGCUAUUACUCUUGUUUCCUGAUUCAUCUAAUAGUUGUUGGGCUAGAUAACCAUACAUCCACCCCAUUCGAAACCUUUGGGCUUACGUGUUGGGUCCACGGGUUGAAGGAAUAAACCUCAAC